GAAAGCCUGGAAGUGUCACACAGUGAUAAUAAUACACAUUGAUCACCAUGGUAAAAGUUCCUAUUCCUUCUCCUAUAUAAGCAUAAUUUCUGCCUACUUAACAUCAUUCCACCUUUUCAAACCCUUCCCCGUGUAGCCUGCGCCUCUGCCAGUUCUGCAGUGGAGCAUGCAGCGUUAUUCUGCUAGGUUAAGUGCGGCACAAUCUAAUUACUCUAAUGUCGGAUGCGGUCUUAAAUCACACUUAUUGGGUAAGUGCGCCCGUUUGUCUGUCCUUCAGAAGGCAAGCCGCUCCGCGUUGCUCUCGGACUAAUUAUUCCAACUGGAUAUGAGCAAUUGCACUUAUUGGCUAGGGCAUGGCACCGGCUGCCUGCGCUCCUAUUCGUUGCCAGUGAAGUCUGUGUGCGAUUGGAUCCAGGGAGGGAGUGGGAGGGGCAUUCUCUCUUUCCUCCCUGUGCUGGAGCGUGUGUGGAUGUGAGCACUCUUUUCUCUCCUAUUAUUUGAGUGGCUGCAGGUACUGGUGUCUGCCUCUAUGCCUCUGUGCCAGAGGGAUAAAGAGAGAAAGACAGAGGACUAGUUCUUCAUAUCCCCCCUCUGGCCUCCCCGUCUCCCUGCUCCCUGUCACUCCAUCCUUCCUUCCUCCCUCCCGGACCACCCGUCAGCGGCUGGAUCAACCCGCCCGGACCCUUCUCCCACAACCCCUUUGACUAUCCUCACUUCACCGUCCCAUCUUGUGAACUGUGUGCAGGAAUUUCUCAUUGCUUGGAGUUGAAGGCUGGAUUUGGCAGUGCAGUCACAGACAAUCUUGGUUUGGACACGCAGAAGAAAACCUUUAAAUUCAAAUAAAAUAAAAAAAAACUCCUGUACAGAGAAACAGUAAGGAGUUGCUCAGGCGAGGUACACUGGACAGACGGACAUCGGAACCCAAGUCGUCUGGAAGUGUGACGGCACGUGGUCACAUGACCUGGAAGAGAAAACCCAAGAGACUUCUGGGAUCCCUAUCUGAAUGGGCCGGUUAUCAACCUGGAAAGAAGUCUAAAGGCUGAUGAACUGAUCCGCACAGCGACACAGCUGCGCUCUCUUCCCCUCUUCGUCUGUCCAAUCUCCCCAUUUAUGUCCUGAGAUCCACAACUUUCUGCAACUCUGGUGACUGGUUGGCUGCUGAACCAUCAUUCUCGUCCUUCUCCUGGGGAAUUCCUGUCACGUGACCAUAUUCCUGCUUCACCUCCACUCCUAGUAUGGAACCCAACAAAGUCCAGUCAGAGGGCGGGCUGAAUGUGACCCUGACCAUCCGGCUUCUCAUGCACGGCAAGGAAGUGGGAAGCAUCAUUGGAAAGAAAGGGGAAACUGUGAAGAAGAUGCGUGAAGAGAGUGGCGCUCGCAUCAACAUCUCAGAAGGAAACUGUCCUGAGAGGAUCGUCACCAUCACUGGACCCACAGAUGCCAUCUUUAAGGCCUUCGCUAUGAUUGCGUACAAGUUUGAAGAGGAUAUAAUCAACUCCAUGAGCAACAGCCCAGCCACCAGUAAGCCCCCUGUCACUUUGCGCCUUGUGGUGCCCGCCAGUCAGUGCGGCUCCCUCAUUGGCAAGGGAGGCUCAAAAAUCAAAGAGAUGAGAGAGUCCACAGGAGCUCAGGUUCAGGUAGCAGGGGACAUGCUGCCUAACUCCACAGAGCGCGCAGUGACAAUCUCCGGCACCCCGGAAGCCAUCAUCCAGUGUGUCAAACAAAUAUGUGUGGUCAUGCUGGAGUCCCCACCGAAAGGUGCCACCAUUCCCUACCGCCCAAAGCCCGCCUCCACCCCCGUCAUUUUUUCAGGUGGCCAGGUAAGAGCCGACCCGCUGGCGGCGUCCGCAGCCAACCUCAGCCUUUUACUGCAGCACCAGCCACUGCCUGCUUACACAAUUCAGGGACAAUAUGCCAUUCCACACCCAGAUCAGUUGACCAAGCUCCACCAGUUGGCUAUGCAGCAAACCCCCUUUACCCCCCUCGGACAGACCACCCCUGCUUUCCCUGGUCUGGAUGCCAGUCCCCCGGCCAGUACUCAUGAACUCACCAUUCCCAAUGAUCUAAUAGGCUGCAUAAUCGGGCGCCAGGGAACCAAAAUCAACGAGAUCCGUCAGAUGUCUGGAGCGCAGAUCAAAAUAGCUAAUGCCAUGGAAGGGUCAUCAGAGCGCCAGAUCACCAUUACAGGAACCCCCGCCAACAUCAGCCUUGCCCAGUACCUCAUCAAUGCAAGGUUCAGAGACGUGGCAGCCAUGUGGAAUGACCCCUCAUCAAUGACUACAUCCUGAAGCCCCAAACUGCUUUCAUUAUCUGAAGCUAUCAGCAGCUGAUUCCCAAUAAACCUUACAUACAAUCUUCCCUUAAAACUCACCAACCCUUCCCUUAAACCCCAUGGUCAACUUCAUCAGUAGCUUCACUCAUGUAGGCAGACUCCUGAAAUUAAAAAAAAAAAAAAGCAGAAAAAAAAAAAAAAAAAGCAGGACAACUGUAGUAUGAUUUGUUCAUGUUAUGCCGUGUUUCAGUGUAGUAUUUUAGCAUGCUGAAUGCUUGGAUCUUGUUAUAUAUUUAUUUAUUAUUUUAAAUCGGAUAGAUUAGUUCAGUAUGGUUGCUGCAUAAGUCUUGUAGUUUGACAGCAAAGCCUAACAUGAUUUAAAAAAUGUAAAAAAAAAAAAAAGAUUGCAUCCAAUAGCAUUUUUAGCAAUGCUGUUGGCAAGGAGCUAGUGAUGUGAUGCAGAUGUUGUAAUGAAGUACAAACGCAUGUCAGAAUCGAGGAGAUGUUGGAAACUGUGUUUCUUUAGAGGCGGAAAAGAUUUUAUUUUUACAUUUGACAGUGGCUUGAUUGUUUUCAGCUUGACCGAUUUGAAAGAAAUGCAUGAUUAUUACUCAACGUGGAGAGCAGGCGGAAAAAGCGAUCAUUCUUGUACAGAAGUGUCAAAUGCUUUCAGAAUUAUUUUAUGUUAUCUAUUUUUUUCUAUCUUUUCCUUACCCCUCCCCUUUUUCCUCUUCCCUGAACUAUUCUAGGCUGACGUCUGAGGUCACUGGAAUGGGCACUCUCUAAUUUCUACCCAUGAUCCUUCACUGCAUCACAUGACCCUUGAGCCAAUGGCAUUGCACCUAGUUUGUUUUCUCUCUGUACUUUUGCUGUCCUGUAUUUUCAGUACUUCUGACUAAUUUAUAUUCUAUAAUGUGCACAUAAUGUUCCUCCUACUCAACCUUUGUUGUGCUCCCUACUUAUUACCUGUUUAAUUUAAAAGACACUUUACUUUUUUUUUGACUCUCUAGUACCUCACGUCACCGGUGUCCUGUUUUGCCAUAGCUUUCACUGUGAAUUCACGUUUUCCGAUCCGUAUUCUAUGGUGUGGUACAGCUAAGCCAAUGAAAUCCUACCUUUUCCAAUCUUUCAUUUGGUCAGACUGAAUUUGUGAUUUUUAAAGCAGCGGUCCUGUGCUUUGCUCCAGGGCUUUGCUCACCAGGUACCUUACAACCAUGCAUCUUUUACAUGAAUAAUGAAACAAACUGAUGGAGUUGGAAUGUUUGCACCACGCCUGCACGAUUUGUUUGCAUUUGUCAUUGUGGCAUGCGGAGUAACGCAGAGAAUCCAUUAUUAGCCUCUUGUAUUCACUUUGAGAGCGGAAGAAAAAAAUCAGUGUGAAAACAAAGGAUAUGAGGAUGUGACAGCUUUACUGCAUGCUGAGACAUUUCAAUUCAGCCCACAAUCUUAGUUUAAGUAAUUGAAUAUAUCACAGCAGAAUUAUUUAUAGAAUAUUUUUAUAUGCGGCGUGUUUUUGCAGUAGUAUGAGAAAUACGAAGG